GCUGCAGUGGAGACAAGUCUCUGUGUUUCUCUCUACAGAAACAUUCAGCUGAAUCCAGCACGUCUUUAUCAACAACUGAGUGUCGAUAUGGCUGCUGCCAGCUGUCUGCUGACUGAACAUCAGUUUCUGUGCUCCAUCUGUCUGGAUGUGUUCACUGAUCCAGUCAGCACACCAUGUGGACACAACUUCUGUAAAACCUGCAUCACUGAGCACUGGGAUAUUAAUUACCCCUAUCAGUGUCCAAACUGUAAGAAGGUUUUCAGCACCAGACCUGAGCUGCAGGUCAACACUUUAAUAUCUGAGAUAGCUGCUCAGUUCAGACAGUCAGCUCAACAGAAAGCCAGCAGCAGCAGCUCAGAGCAACAAGUUGCCAAACCAGCAGAGGUUCAUUGUAACGUCUGCACUGGAACCAAACUGAAGGCCCUGAAGUCCUGCCUGGUGUGUCUGGUCUCCUACUGUGAGACUCACCUGGAGCCUCAUCUGACAAUGUCAGGCCUGAAAAGACAUCAGCUGAUCGACCCUGUGGAGAACCUGGAAGGCAGGAUGUGUCUGAAGCACGAUAAACUGCUGGAGCUGUUCUGUAAGACCGACCAGAUGUGUGUCUGCAUGCUCUGUGCUAUUUCAGACCACAAGACACAUGAUGUUGUUCCUCUGAGAGAAGAAUAUGAAGGAAAGAAGGCUGAGCUGAAGGUUGAAAUUCAGCAGAUGAUCCAGAAGAGGCGACUGAAGAUUGAGGAGAUCAAACUCUCAGUGAAGCUCAGUCAGAGAGGUGCAGACAGAGAGAUAGCAGAUGGUGUUCAGGUCUUCACCGCUCUGAAGAAGUCUGUUGAGAGAAGCCAGGCCGAGCUCAUGGACACGAUCAAAGAGAAGCAGAGAAAGACAGAGAAACAGGCUGAAGGCUUCAUCAAAGAGCUGGAACAGGAAAUCUCUGAGCUGAAGAGGAGGAGCACUGAGGUGGAGCAGCUCUCACGUUCUGAAGACCACGUCCAUGUCCUUCAAAGCUUCACGUCCCUGAACACUGCUCCACCCACCAAGGACUGGACAGAGGUCAGUGUCUGUCCACUCUAUGAUGGGACUGUGAGGAGAGCUGUGAAUCAGCUGGAGGAGAUGAUCAGUAAACAGAUGAAGAAACUCUUCACUGAGGUCGAGCUGAAGAGGGUCCAGCAGUCUGCAGUGGAUGUGACACUCGAUCCUGAUACAGCUCAUCCUGGACUCAUCCUGUCUGAGGAUGGAAAACAAGUUAAACAUGGUGAUGUAUGGAAGAAUCUCCCAGACAGUCCAGAGAGAUUUGAUUCUUGUCCUAAUGUCUUAGCAAAGCAGAGUUUUUCUUCAGGAAGAUUUUAUUAUGAGGUUCAGGUUAAAGGGAAGACUAACUGGUAUGCAGGAGUUGCCAGAGAGUCGAUCAACAGGAAGGGAAAAAUCACACCGAACCCUUGGAAUGGUUACUGGAUAAUAAGUCUGAGGAAUGGAAACGAGUACAAAGCUUGUGCAGACCCUUCAGUCAGUCUCUCUCUGAAGUCUCGGCCUGAGAAGGUGGGGGUGUUUGUGGAUUAUGAGGAGGGUCUGGUCUCCUUUUAUGAUGUUGAUGCUGCAGCUCUUAUCUACUCCUUUACUGGCUGCUUCUUCACUGAGAAACUCUGCCUAUUUCUCAGUCCCUGUCUUAAUUACAGUGGUAGUAACUCUGCCCCUCUGAUCAUCUCUCCUGUCAGUCACACUUGGUAAAAUAGGAAAUUCAUUUUCUACAUAAAAGAUUUUGUGCCAUUUAAUGUAAAAUAACAUAAGUAUACUUACUAAGGUACACACCACUUUAUCACCCCCUUCCUAUCCUACCAUCUUAGGUUUAUGUCAUGCCUUUCAUAAUAGUAAUCCCCCCAUCACCAUACUACCUUAUUGAAACAAGACAAUGUUACUGUGUUCCUAAAUACUUAUAAGCUCCCCCUGCUGUUGUCUGAAGCAACUUUGGGGAUAGAGACCAUUCUCCAAUUUGACUCAGAACUCAUGGAAGACAGAACCAACAAAAGAAACUGUCACUUAAUGUAACAGAUAAUGCUUUCAAAGUCAAAUGUCAAUAUUUUAGCACUCUGUUCUUAAGCUAUUAAUGGUCCAUUAACCCGUUUCCCAUUUUCCAAAUCUUUCUUAACCAGGUAACCGGAAAAAUAGUGAAAACAUUUUUUUUAUUGGGGGUUAAGUGAUUGAAAACGUUAGUCUAAUUAAUUAUAUGUUUGAUGAAUUUGUUUCAAAUAUUUUUAUUGUGAAGCAACAGUAAAACAGCAGUACCAUCUUUCUUGGUAUAAACAUUGCCUCAUUUCCAUUAUAAACAAACAUAUUACAGAACUGUAAUACAAAUACAAAAUUAGAAAAUACAAAAAUAACAAUACCUGGGGAGAUAAAUAAGAAUAGAAAUAUAUAUUGUCCUAAAUAUGAGAUUAUUGGUUUCCAGAUCUUGUCGAAGUCUUCCAGCUUGUUGUUCAGAGCAUACCGAAUCCUUUCAAGAUGUAAUGUAUCAGUCAAUGCAGUUACCCAGGCCCUAAAAGUUGGUGUCUCCUUCGAUUUCCAAUGUAAAAGGAUGAGUUUUUUCCCGCAUAGUAGGCCGUAAGACAGAAGGCGGCGCUGAGUAUUCUGCAGACUCCUAGUAUUCCCUGAUGCCCCCAGUAUGACCAAGAGUGGAUUUGGUUUUAUUGUAAUCCUAAGAAUGUUCGUUGAUGAAUUUAUCAAAAUUAAUUGCAUACAUCAAUUAUUGCGGUCAAGCUAUUUCAAAAAAUUCAAUUCAAAUAAAUUUUGGCAGAUGUGUUGCAGUAAAGCUUACAGAAUUUGGACACAAUUGUCCCCCUGUCCUACACCACCAAAAUUGAUCUGCAGUCCUUUGCAAUCCAUUUUGCAAGGCGGUUAGUUAGUCGGUCACAGGAAGACUUACACAGUCUGAACACCUGCUCGAGUGUCGCUUGAUGAGGCUGACUCCUAGCACUAGCAUCAGAGGCUGUGCUAGCUCAGACCUCUGGGUUCGCUGCUAAAUGCUUUGUGUUGAGGUGAUAUUUCAGACUUUAAGUUCUCUGAUGGUACAAAAAUUCUUCACUGCAAAAACUUUAGAGAACAGUGCUUCUAUCAACAUGUCCAUCUGGGCGUUUUUUUUUUUUUUUUAAUUUUUAAUUUUAAAUGUUCAUUCACGGGGCCGAACAGCUUCGUCUAAUAUGUUUUUUUAUGUAUUUUUUUUAUGUGUCACAUUGCUACUUUUUACAUGCCUCAUGAUGAUGUGCCAGAAAAAGACAUCCAAUACAUCUUAUAUGGGACAGGAAACACAUACAGGGCAACAGUGGAAGCUUCUACUUGUCAAAAACAUCAUGGGAAAUCACUGGUGAUUGUGUUUUAUGGGCCCAGGUCAGACUUUUCACUAACUGGCACCACCCAAGGCAGGAAUACUAGUUUGGUAUUAUGAAAAACUUUUUAUCUCUAGAUGAUAUUUCAACAUAAUAACCCUUCUCAAGUACAGCUAUCAACCUUCAGUGACACCAACAGUCAAACCAAAGAAUGAAAAAGCAGAGGCAUGUUUCAUGUUUGGUCUCACUCAAGCUUUCAGUCUGGGUGCUGAUAUGCAUCAUGGUUUUCAUGGACAAACACAUUUGUAUAUGUGCUGAAUGAUAAUAUGAUUUAUAAGCUAAUUUUACUGACUUUGUUUGGAUUAAAAAGAUCAUUUUAGGGUACGGGGACCUCCUCAGUGCACAUAUACAUUCAGAACAGGUCGUAUCUGAUGGUUAUAUGUGAAAAAGCAUUCUUAAACUAGUGUUUGGAUUACAUGAAAAUAUCAUGUUCUGAAGCAGACACAUGCACCUCUUUGUCUGAAGCUGUGACAUAACGGCCCCAAAUUUCGAGCCCUGAAUUUUCCUUGAUCCACUAAAUAUGUAAUGGUAUACUUUAAAUAUGUUAUUUGGAUGUCCCAAGAGAUCACAAAAAAACUUCAAUGACCUACUAUUGCAAUUGUCCCUGGGUCAAACCACAGAUUGACUGGACUUGGAAUUAUUCAGUGUAUAUUGUUUAAGAGAAUAUUAAAAGUGUGUUAAAACAGCAUCUCCAAACAUUUCAGAAAUUAUAAAUGAAUUAUGUUUGUACAUUUUGGAAAUGGUGUAUGUAUCAAAUAUAUACCUGGUGAAACUAAAUCCCCCUGGAAGAUAAGAGAUGUGUUAUUUAAUGCCCUACUUGGAGGCAAAUGUUUGAAAGCUCAGGAUGGAUGAUUUAUAAUUUAUCAGGCAGUCGAGGAUUUAUGUUUAUUAUAAAUGACCAUGUAUUCAUAUGAAAAUCAAACUCAGGUCUGCUAUGAAUUCUUAGGAAUUGUGUCUGAAUUAAUUUUUGUUAAAGCGAUGAUGAUUUGGUUUAUUUUCCGGACGCAAUGUUACAACAAUGCAUUCACAAAGAAGAAUCAUCGCUAUGAUCCUUAUGUCUGGAUGUCAAAUUAAAAAAACGUUUUAAUAUCUGAUCACUGUUGAAAUAAAAAGUGUUGCAUACUGGCACAAAUUGCUUAAAGUUAUUUAUAAAUAAAACAAAAGUCAUUUUCUCUUAACAUCUUUUUUUUUGAAUAAACAAAAUCAAAAUGAAAA